GAACCCUAGUAGAAAAAGACCAGACGCGGUUGCGCCAUUUUGAACUGUCUGUGGAUGGUCGGUGUUGGAAGGACUUGUCCGGGAGGGUGCGCGAGUGAUUGAACAAGCCGGGAGAGGGAGGAAAGAGAGUCAAGCAGGAGGGUGGCCCGCAACGUCUGUCCCACGAUCUAGCGCCAUCAUUUGAGAGAGACCGCUUGCACGAGUCCAUACCCGGCCAAACAAGCCCGGGAAUCGAGCGCGCGUCUAGAAUCCGUCUCGCCAUGGCAGGAUCUGGAGGUGGGAGCAAUGACGUGCAGUGGUGCUUCUCACAGGUGAAGGGUGCCAUUGAUGACGACGUUGCCGAAGCCGACAUCAUAUCUACUGUGGAGUUCAACCACUCAGGAGAGCUGCUAGCCACAGGAGACAAGGGUGGCAGGGUCGUCAUCUUUCAGCAGGAAAUAGAGAAUAAGAGUCAUCCACAGUGCCGCAGUGAGUACAAUGUUUACAGCACUUUCCAGAGCCAUGAGCCCGAGUUUGACUACUUGAAGAGUUUGGAGAUCGAGGAGAAGAUCAACAAAAUCCGCUGGCUGCCCCAGAAGAACGCAGCUCAGUUCCUGCUGUCCACUAACGACAAAACUAUAAAGUUGUGGAAGAUCAGUGAACGAGACAAGCGACUGGAGGGCUACAACCUGAAAGAGGAGGAUGGACGCUGCAUAGACCCCAACACUGUCACUGCACUUCGGGUGCCCGUGUUUAGACCUAUGGACCUUAUGGUGGAGGCAAGCCCUCGUAGGGUGUUUGCCAACGCCCACACCUACCACAUCAACUCCAUCUCAAUUAACAGUGACCAUGAGACGUAUCUAUCCGCAGAUGACCUGCGCAUCAACCUCUGGCACCAGGAGAUCACUGACCGCAGUUUCAACAUUGUGGAUAUUAAGCCAGUCAACAUGGAGGAGCUGACAGAGGUGAUCACAGCAGCUGAGUUCCAUCCUAACCAGUGCAACACCUUCGUCUACAGCAGCAGCAAGGGCUCCAUCCGCCUCUGUGACAUGAGGGCGUCAGCACUAUGUGACAAGCACUCCAAAUUGUUCGAGGAGCCAGAGGACCCCAGUAACCGCUCCUUCUUCUCUGAGAUCAUCUCAUCCAUCUCGGACGUCAAGUUCAGCCACAACGGACGCUACAUGAUGACCAGGGACUACCUGUCUGUCAAGAUCUGGGACCUGAACAUGGAGACCAGGCCUGUGGAGACAUACCAGGUUCACGAGUACCUCAGGAGUAAGCUGUGCUCGCUCUAUGAGAACGACUGCAUCUUUGACAAGUUUGAGUGCUGCUGGAACGGAAACGACAGUGUGGUGAUGACGGGCUCGUACAACAACUUCUUCCGGAUGUUUGACCGGGGCCAGCGGCGGGACGUGACCCUGGAGGCGUCCCGGGAGAGCAGUAAGCCACGGCAGGUCCUGAAGCCCCGCAAGGUGUGUGCCGGCGGGAAGCGGAAGAAGGACGAGAUCAGCGUAGACAGCCUGGACUUCAACAAGAAAAUCCUCCACACCGCCUGGCACCCCCAGGACAACAUCAUUGCUGUGGCAACCACCAACAACCUCUACAUAUUCCAGGACAAAGUGAACUAGAUGUGCCCGUGAAGGCAGACAUGACAUCCACUACCUUCAGCCUCUAAUUUUAGUCCAGGACAAAGUGAUUGAGUGACAACAACGUCGCAGUCAACAACAACAAACCUGUCAAUGGACAAAACAGACUUUGCCAUGUUUCCAGGUGUGGAAAACUGAAACCUCAUUCUUGCCCACCAUCAGCCUCUGUGGCACAGUGACACGUCGCUCACAUUGUUAUUGUUUCGGUGAUGUUGUGCCAAUCUGUGUGCCACCCACCAAGUAUCGCCCCACCCAGCCCAGCCCCAGGGCAACAUGGGUAAAGAGUACCAUGUAUAUGUAUGUCUAACAACCACACUUAGAAAAAUCAGAACACACCUAGAACUAUCCCUGCCCCUGUUCAACAACUCCUCUCAUUGGCUGGUGUCAUAGUCAUGUUUUUUAUUAGUCAACUGCAAAUCUGUUUGUUUUCUGUUUUAAUUAAAUUGCAAGAACUGGAGUUUUUAUUUUUGUUCCUCUUCAUAGUUGGAAAGGAAAAGGCGCAAUGCUCGCUCACAGUUAAAAAUGAUUUUGCUUUAUUUAAGCAAGGUUAAAAGAUUAACGUUUCGGCCUUCAUCAUACCACAUACUUCUUCACAUACACACAUGCACGCACAAACAAAAAUGUAUACACAAACUCAGACACAAACUCACACUUAUCAAAGAGCCUAGCUGUCUCUCAAAGCUGUUGCUGCUGUUGGUGGACUGCUGCACCUCAGAGGAACACUCUAAAACAUGUACUGAGCAUGUUGUAUGUAUGUAUGUAUGUAUGUAUGUAUGUAUGUAUGUAUGUAUGUAUGUAGUGUGACUGGUCCUUUCUGCACACACUACUAGAUGCACAACCAGUCUGUCUGGCCCAGUGAGGACUCCUUACUACUGCUAUUGCUGUGGGUGGACAAGCAGGCCAAGGCUUGGGAGAGACUUGACUGAGUCUGGGAACCAGGGUUCUUGCUGUGUCUUGUCGUUCUUUUUUCCCCAAAUUUUAUUUUGUUCCUGUUUUCUGUUGUCAAAGAGAAGUGCUAUAGGUAUCAUACUUGAUCUGUAUCAUUGUACUCCAAUAGUAUACCGCAAAUGACAUAUUGAAAUGCUAUAGAUGUGUGUAGCGUUUUAAGCCGGCAUUUUAUGAAGAACUGCCACAAUGACAGGGGCAAGGUUCAAGAAAAAUCCUGAAACUGAGUACCCAUUACUAUGCUCUAAUAUGAUCUUGCUCAUCUCAUGACUACACCAGUGAAAUUUGAAGGUUGAAGUCAUGAUGACGUUUGACAAUAAUUACAAAUACAGUCCAACUGUUGUAAAUCUACAGUGAUGGGAAUAAAGUAAAUACCCUUUUUUA